CUCGUCUGUGCGGAGCCUACCAUACGGACUGACGAGCGGCGCAGGUACGAGCUGUUUCAGUCCAGGACCCUCAACACUCGGACUUGAUAUCUUCUCCGACACGGAGACCAUGGUCGAGCUGUGUGUUGAACGCAAAGGCCGACGGCUGCCAGAUGUCACGACAAAGCACACGCGGAGUGCCGCUGGAGUUCCGAAUAGAAGAGAAGUAUAUAGCCUUACUCUUCAUACUCAGAAUAUAUCAUCAUCAGCUUUCAAAUCUUACUAACUACAACAUCUACAUAACAACCUUCAAAAGGUUCCCCUCAUCACCACCCUUCAACUAACAACUCCAAACACCAAACUCAAAAUGUCUGCUGCUCCUGCUAGCUGGUCCCUCGAGGGAAAGGUCGCGGUCGUCACUGGCUCUGGCCGUGGUAUUGGCAAGGCAAUGGCCAUUGAGCUCGGCAAGCGCGGUGCUAAGGUCGCGGUCAACUACGCCAACGCUGUCGAGGGUGCUGAGGCAGUCGUCAAGGAGAUCAAGGCUCUUGGGAAUGGUGCUGAUGCUCAUGCCUUCAAGGCCAACGUCAGCAACGUCGAGGAGACCUCCAAGUUGAUGGACGAUGUUGUUGCUCACUUCGGCCGCCUCGAUAUCUGCUGCUCCAACUCUGGUGUCGUCUCCUUCGGUCACUUUGCCGAUGUCGAGCCUGAGGAGUUUGAUCGCGUCUUCAACAUCAACACCCGUGGUCAGUUCUUCGUCGCCAAGGAGGCGUACAAGAGGAUGGAAGUUGGUGGCCGCAUCAUCCUUAUGGGAUCCAUCACUGGCCAGGCCAAAGGUGUACCCAAGCACGCCAUCUACUCUGGCUCCAAGGGUGCCAUCGAGACUUUCACCAGGUGCAUGGCUAUCGAUGCUGGUGAGAAGAAGAUCACAGUCAACUGCGUUGCGCCCGGUGGCAUCAAGACUGAUAUGUACCACGCUGUGUGCCGCGAGUACAUUCCCGGAGGCGAGAAGCUCAGCGACGACCAGGUCGAUGAGUAUGCCUGCACAUGGUCUCCCCACAAUCGUGUCGGUCAGCCCAUCGAUAUUGCCCGCGUCGUCUGCUUCCUCGCGUCGCAGGACGGUGACUGGGUUAACGGAAAGGUCAUCGGCAUCGAUGGCGCUGCUUGCAUGUAAGCGGUUGCGUAUGAGCCUGGAAUUUCUAUUUAGCCUCUUGUUACGAAUUAUGGUCUGGCAUUAAAACAUGACCUGGCGUUGCCUUCCUGAAAAAGGAGAAGAAGUAAUGGAAUUACUGAGCACUUAAAA